AUGGCCAGCCCAUCUGACGAGGAGAGGAUCGUGCAGCUGGCGGAAAAGGCUCACGAGAGUAUCAAAACUGGCGAGUUGGAUGUGGCAGCUCGAUACCUACGUGAAGCUGGCACUAUUGCACCUGAAGACAACCGGAUCAAAGAAGCAUGGGUUGCAUUAAAGGAGGAAGAAGGCAAAAGCGAGUUCUUGGGGGUCUGUAGGGAGUGGGCAAAGAGCAAGGAUGCACGUGAUGGAGAAAGAGCACUGAAGGCUAUGAGAACGCAUGGUUUGAAGGAGGAAGAGGCGGCGCAGGCAAUGGACAUUCUCUUCGACUACAAGGGUGAAGACGACACCCUCGAUCAAGUCUCGGGUGAACUUUUACAAAAUAUUGGAGCUCAGAAGUGGCUUGUCAAUAUGGUUCGAGAAAAGCCGACGCGGAUGUACUAUGAGAUGUUCGAACGGGGCAACGACUCAAUCGAUGGCUUGCUAAAAGUCUUGCUGAACCGAGCCGUCUGGCCUGAUGACGAAUCAUUCAAGACAGGUCAUAGAGAUAUCUUUAUGCUCAGUUUGGCAAUGAUGAUGGAGGAGGCCCUGGAGCACCCGGAACGCGCCAUGAAGGGCAUCGCGCAACUGCUCGCUCACUACGCAGAGCACCUCAAGGGAAUCAUUGACGCGGACAGCUUCGAUGUUAUAUUGGCAUCGCUCGAUAUCCGACUGCCAGCCACACUACGAAGUCAGGCUACACUUGCAAGUAUCAAGUUAUUUGAGCUUGCCCCGGACACUGCCGGAGAACUCAUCUCGAGAUUCGUCACCGCCAGGAUAAAGAAGGGAGAGGCACAUGAUCUAGUCAUUGCUUUCUCUGCAGCUGCAGCCAUCUUCCCAGUGGCUGUUACAGCGGCUGCAGCCCUUUUCCUCACAGAUGGCUUUGUCAGCACACUUGCAUCGAGAGUGCAGAGCAAGAAGUCGCACAACCUGGAGCAAGCGACCCUCGAACUGAUCAGCGCUGCAUGCGUAGACAAGAACUGCCGAGAGGCCAUCAACAAGCACUGUAGGGAGUGGCUAGAAGACAUGGUUGCCGAGUGCCCGAACAAGAGGCGGGCUAACCUGGCUGCACUCAUUCUUGUGAAACUGGGCGAGGAGCAGCCAUCCGAGGAAGGUCCGCGGAUCGUCAGAGCAGAGAAAGUAGACCAAGAGGACCUGAUCGCAAGCUUCAAGUCAAUGGUCAUAGGAGGCGAUACGGCAUCCAAGCAAGACUCGGUUGAGGGCCUCGCAUAUGCCUCGCUUCAGCCCAAGGUCAGGGAAGAUUUAUCCAAGUCUCCAAAGUUUCUCAAACGCCUGAUCGAGGCCAUGAGCGACCCUUCGUCACCAAAGAAUAUCAUUUUUGGUGGCCUUACGAUCUUCAACAAUAUUACACAAUACCAGCCUUUACAAUCCGAGGAAGAAAAACGCAUGGCACAGCUCAAGGCCUACGCAAACGUGCAGAAACCAACCGCUCCCGAUGUUCUUCUGAACGACGAAGACGUAGCCAUACGCUGCAAGCGCGUUCUCGACGCAGGCGUUGUACCACUUCUAGUGCAAGUCUGCAAAAAUGGAUCACCCUCCGUCCUCACCCAAAGCAGUCUCAUUCUCCUCAGCCUAUGCAAAGACACCAAGAACCGAGGCCCAAUGGCCCAGCAAGGCGCCGUCAAGCUCCUCAUCCAAAUCUGGGAGCACAUCACCGCCACAAACGAAGCUUCCACAACCGGUACCACACCCUUCCCGCCCGCCACCCUCCCCACAACAGCGCAAGCCCUAUCCCGGCUACUCAUCAGCAUAAAUCCCUCCCACGUCUUCAACGCCGCCCUCCCUAGCACCUCGGCCAUCCGCCCCCUCAUCAGCCAACUCGCCCGCACCGAAUCCACAACCUGGCAACUCCACGCCUUCGAAGCCCUGCUCGCCCUCACCAACCUCGCCUCUCUCGACCGCAACACCCAAGACCAUAUUAUCCGCCAGUCCUUCGACACCGUCGUCGACGACCUGCUUCUCAGCCCGAACACGCUUGUCCGCCGCGCAAGCACGGAACUCGUGUGCAAUCUCAUGGCCUCCCCCGUUUGCAUCAGCAACUUCGCGGAUGCCUCGCCACGCGCUAAACACCGCUUGCAUCUCUUACUCGCCAUGACGGAUGUCGAGGAUUCUGCGACGCGGUCUGCGGCUGGUGGUGCACUGGCUAUGCUACUCUCUGUCGAUCUUGCCGUCGAGGAGUUCUUGAAGCAGGAGAAGAGUGUGGAGUGGUUGGUGGGGCUGUGCCAGGAUGAAGACGAGGGGAUUAGGUAUCGCGGUGUUGUUUGUCUGAGGAGUGUGGUGGAUGUGGAGCAGGGGAAGGAAAAGUGUAAGGGGAAGGGCGUUGUUGAGGCGCUGAAGGUUGUGCUGAAGGAAAGUCGGAGUCAGGAGGUUUUGAGUGUGGGAGUUGAGACGUUGAAGAUUUUGCUGGGGCAGUGA